AUGGUUGCCUUAUCGAUUGUGCUUGCCUUUUUUGUCUCAGGCUUGGUGACCGCGCAACGCUCUUCGCGAGGCGUAUACACCAAAGGGAUGUGGAUGGUCGACAACAAAUAUGGUUUCCAGAAGAAUUCAUAUUAUGAUUUCAGCAAGGCUACUUCGCUUCCCGCGGGCCUAAAAGCCAGCAACUACCCGGUCGACACGUACGUCUUUUCACCCGCGAACGUGAUUGUUGGCGGGGGAUACCUACAACUUUGGGUAAAGAACAAGUCAUUCAGGUCGGCUGAGGUUACGACUACGUCAAAAAUCAAGUAUGCAUCUGUUCGGACAGUUGCUAUCCUAUCCGAACCGGCCGGAGUCUGCAACGGAAUGUUCUUCUAUCAGUCAGAUACCCAAGAAACGGACAUUGAGUUCUUGUCGAAUGGACAAUCCAACAGCAACACUGAUGCAGCUAGAACUGCCAACAACAAAUCUGGAACGCGAUAUCUUUGGCUUUCAAAUCAAGCCAUAGAUGGCAGUGGCCUGAAGACAACAAACCCUGUGGCUUUGCCAGCCAACCCGACGACCACCGAACACGAGUACCGCUUGGACUGGGUGCCUGGUAAAACCAUGUUCUACAUUGACGGCAAACUGGUCUGGACUUCGACGAAGAACGUUCCUUCGGUGGCCGGCACCUGGGUAUUUAACAACUGGGCCGACGGCGAUAAGUACUGGAGUGCGGGGCCGCCGUCCCAAGACGCGGUCUUCAGGAUCAAGGAGAUUGACAUGUACUGGAAUGCUGGCUGA